AUGACGUCGAUGGACAAAGUCUUCGCCGCCUACGAGGCGCGCAAGGCCGUGCUCGAGAAGUCCGCCAACCCGCUCGCCCAGGGGGUGGCCUGGGUCGAGGGCCAAAUAGUUCCGAUCUACGAGGCGCGCAUCCCGCUGCUGGACCAGGGAUUCCUGCACAGCGACCUGACAUACGACGUGCCGUCCGUGUGGGACGGGCGCUUCUUCCGGCUCGACGACCACCUGACCCGGCUGGAGAACAGCUGCGCGAAGAUGCGGCUGCGGCUGCCCUUGCCCCGCGAGGAGAUCAAGCGUGUCCUGUGCGAGAUGGUCGCCAAGAGCGGCAUGCGCGACGCCUUCGUCGAGCUGAUCGUCACGCGCGGCCUCAAGGGGGUGCGCGGCGCCGCACAGCCCGAGGACCUGUCCAACAGCCUGUACCUCUUCAUCUUGCCGUACAUCUGGGUCAUGGAGCCCGAGAUGCAGCGCCACGGCACAGGCAAGGCCAUCAUCGCGCGGACCGUGCGCAGGACGCCCCCGGGCUGCAUGGAUCCCACGGUCAAGAAUCUGCAGUGGGGCGAUCUGACACGGGGCAUGUUCGAGGCCAGCGACCGCGGCGCGAACUAUCCCUUCCUGACCGACGGAGACGGGAACAUCACGGAGGGCUCGGGUUUCAACAUCGUCCUGCUCAAGGAUGGCGUCCUCUACACGCCCGCGCGGGGCGUCCUCGAGGGCGUGACGAGGAAGAGCGUCUUUGACGUGGCCAAGAAGCUCGGCAUCGAGGUGCGUCUGGACUUCGUGCCCGUCGAGCUGGCGUACCAUUGCGACGAGAUGUUCAUGUGCACGACCGCCGGCGGCAUCAUGCCCAUCACGUCUCUCGACGGCGUGCCCGUCAAGGACGGCAAGAUUGGCCCGCUAACCACCAAGAUCUGGGAUCUGUACUGGGAUAUGCACUACGAUCCGGCCUACAGCUUUCCGAUCGACUAUGCCUAUGACUCUACCGGCGAGGUGAAAAAGAACGGCGUGAACGGCACGGCUCAUUAG